AACUACACUGGCCUCUGCUACUACAGUACUACCCACAGUCAUCCAAAUGAGAAUAUGGCGCCUUUUUGCAGCCUAGGGUUUUAAAUUUAGGGUUUUUCGAGGUUCCGGCAAUUCUGUUUUCUUGCCCAAUUUAACUCUAAUCUCCACAUGCGCCCUAAAUUUCUCAAAGAAUUCUCAGCAACAACGGAAAGAUAAAGGCCGGCCGGCAAUGUCUUUCUCUUUUACUCCACAGCAGCAGCAGCAGCAACAACCGUCUCCAUUGUUCCAAACUCAGCAGCUGCCAGCCUCCACAUUCUCACUAUUCUCUCAAACUCCCCAACAGCAGCCCCAACUGCAACCACAACCGCAACCGCAACCGCAGUCGUCUCCUUUCCAAUUUCAACCUCAACCGCAACCGCAGCCCCAGCUGCAGCAGCAACCGCAGCCGCAGCAGCAGCAACAGCUGUUUCUAUUUACUAACGACAAGACUCCGGCUACUUAUAGCACCAAAUGGGCUGACCUCCAUCCAGAUUCUCAGAAAUUCCUCCUCCAAAUUGAGGAGAGAAUAUUGGAGUAUAGAGACGAAAGCCAGCGGCUGGACCAGUGUAGCCGCCUGUACGAUUCAUCGGUCUUCAUUGGUGGAUUUGAGCUCGAUGCUAGUCGAAUUUUUCAGGAGCUUGGUGGAAUCUGUACAGCAAUGGAACGCGAGAGGGCUAUCUGUCAAGAACUAAUGUCAGUAGCCAAAGAUAUGCUACACAAUACUGAAGUUGCUGUACGUUCUUUUAUGAUGUUACGCCCACGGUUUCUUCACUCAAAUGUGGGUGCUGCAACCAGUGCUACUGCACCAUCCCAGGCUACAGCAGUUGCUCAAGCUUCAUCUAAUCAAGCAGCUGCUACUUCUGCAGUGCCUGUUUUUGAUUUCUAUAGUGGGCUACCUAGAAAGCCAUCACCUUUUUUGCAGCAGACUGUUGCGAGAUUUGAGAAGUAUAUAGCUGAGUGUCGUCAGUGGAUUGAAGAGUUGGAGCAGUUGCUUCUCUUAGAUGCUGAUCGGAACUCCUUAGAUUCUAGUUCGUCUUUGUUGCAAUCUCUUCCUAAAGUCAUGGCAAAUGUGCAUGCCUUUUUUGUUCAUGUAGCAGCAAAGGCGGAGAGCAUUCAUCAGUACAUUGAAUCCAUGAAGACUGCGUAUCUUGCUGACCAGCGCCGUCGCGGGGAUGGGAACGAUCCAUUUCUUGAAGCUGAUCGGCGGGAAACAGCUAAGCUAGAAGCUGCUGCGCGAAGGGUACAUCCAACUCUGCAUUUGCCUGCGGUCUCGCAGCCAUCUACUCAAGUUGCUGGAGCAUUUUCAAGCUCAACAAUGCCUGGGGCAUUAACUGCACUACCUACAUCUGCUGCUAUUUCAUCAGCUUCAUCUGGAAGUGGUCUUUCUCUCUUAGGUACUCCAUCUGGCGCAACUUCGUCUUCUUCUCUAUUCUCUACUCCGAUGACUUCAGUUCCAGUAUCUUUGUUUGGAUCAUCUGGUGCUUCCCCCGAGUCAUCACCUUUUGGAUCCCUUUCGGCUUCCACUCCAGUUGUUAGUGGUGCUGCUUCAUUAUUUGGUUCGACACCUUCUUCUAGUGUUUCAGCAUUUACAACACCAUUUCCUUCAGGAGGUCUAACAGGAUCAGGGCAAAGCUUUAACACUGCAUCCAGGACAAGAGCAAAAAGUCGAACCGGCCGACGCUAGUCAACCUCUAUUCCAGUUGCACGCUCUGAGUCUCGGGCGCCCUGCUUUUCACAAGACGGGGAAAAACAAAUUGUCAAUGUUUUUUCUUGCUUACGGUGUUCCCCGAUGAAAUCAGAAUCCAAAUGGUGCGGGAUAUUUGCAUUCGGGUUCUUAGUGAUUCUUGUUCUUGUGGUGGCAAGAGCGUAGAUUGAGAUUGGUCAGAUUGUAAUGUUGUAUAAAUAAAACCUAUUAUAGAUAUUUUUUUGACUUUGUGACUUGUCGUAUAGUUAAGGUGUUCUAUAUCCAUAUACAGCGGUUCAGAAAUUUCUUGACUGAUCAAUAUGCAUUCUGAAGGCUCAAUUAUUUCAAA